ACUUAGCCAAGCUAGCAAGACCAUACCCUAGUUGACAGUUAGCUAGCUAGUUCCCAGCACUCACCCAUGGCCAAAUCCUCCAGCAGCUUCCAGGUCAUCCGUUGCUACGGUGAUCUUGUGGAGAAUGCUAGGCUUAACUUCAGCAACUUGUACUUGCGCCGCAUCAUUUCUGGGCCAAGUGCCAACCAGUUAGAAAUAAUAAGGGGAGACAAUAGUACUAGGCUCGGUCAGACCGCCGUCAACAAUUGGGCGCUCUAUGACGGUGUGGGUCCAGACGCGGAGGUAGUUGCCCAUGCAAAAGGCAUGCAUAUGAAUGCCGCUGGCUGGUACAUUUCAUUCACCAUGGUGUUCCAGAAUGAAAGGUUCAAGGAGUCCGCGCUUGAGGUAAUGGGAGUAAUGGCCAAGAAACAAGGUGAGUGGGCUAUCGUUGGCGGGACCGGCGCCUUUUCAAUGGCACGUGGUGUCAUCGAGAGAAAAUUUCAUUCCGACAUAACUAAUGGGGAAAUGCAAGAGCUUAAUAUCGACGCGUUCUGCCGCAUGAAGAACAUAGAACUUCCGGCUCCAACGAAGGUGGGGCCAUGGGGUACAACUGGCGGUUCCCUUCAGGAAAUUGAAGGAAAACCCCAACGUCUAGAAACGGUGACAAUCUGGAGUGGUAGUAAUGUUGAUGGAAUUUCAUUUACGUACAUCGGUGAAGAUGGGCAGGUUCACACAGCAGGUCGUUGGGGCGAUGACUUUCACUAUAGUACAUCAACGAUCAAGUUUGGCCCUUCCGAGUUUGUCAAAGAAAUAUCAGUGGCAACUUUAGACGAUUAUAUAGUUGAACUUCUAAUUAUCACUGACGUGGCCACAUAUGGGCCUUAUGGAGCACGGAGGAACCAACCUGCUAACCGCUAUACUGCGCCGGCGGACAAGACCAUUGUGGGCUUCUUUGUUAAUUCUGACAGGCACAUCCGCUCGAUUGGUCUCUACGCAGCAUAAAUCAUCAUCAGUAUGGAACUGCAUGUUGUUGUGGCAUAUUUAAUUUCCACUAGUCGAACAACAAGUAUUAUGGCUAGGACUGCCGUGACAUGUUUCUUUCAGUUGUGCUUCUAAUUUCCAAGUUCUAGGAAUAAAAUGUAUGCAUGGCUAGGGUCCUCCCGUGCCAUCUUUGCAUCAGUGAUUUGUUGUCACUUUGUAUGUUAUGUUCCAUCAAAAAUAAAUUUAUCCCA